AUGUAUCUCGACUUCACCACCAAUCUGGGUCUGAGUUCACUCUUGACCACGUUGCUCUCCACAGUUAUCCCCAAUAAGCAGACUCCCAUCGGCUAUUAUCCAGUAGCUCCUCCAUCAUACCCUUUAGCUGUUCGAAGCCCAUACCUGUCAACAUGGAUGCCAAGCGAUCAAAUCCAGAGCCUGCCUUUGGCCGAACCUCAGUUCUGGACAGGUCAGACUCUCACCUGGUCUGUGAUGGCCCGUGUAGAUGGCCAGGCCUACAGUCUGAUGGGCGUCAAGACCCCCGACGAACAUAUCCGCCCUGCUACUGUUUGCAGUGCUGAAUAUACCGCCACCCAUUCCAUCUUCAUCCUCACUGCUGGCUCGAUGACUUUCACACUAGAUUUCUUCUCUCCCAUAUCACCCUCCAACUACCUUCGACAAUCAUUACCUUUCAGCUAUUUGACCGUCUCAGUCUCCGGAACCUCACCCAACAGGGUUCAGGUAUACUCGAGCAUCGACGGAAGGUGGACAGGAAAGUCGCAACUAACUACCCAGGAUUUCCGUUACGCCAAUUCUACCGCUGUCCACUCCCUACAGGUGGAAAAUGCUACUGCAUACUCCGAGGAGAGUGACAUGGCAACCUGGGGCGAAGCAAUCCUAGCUUCUCGAGCUACUCCAGGCACAACCCUCUCGUAUUCUUCGGGAGAAAAUAGCGAGGUGCACUCUCAAUUCGCCCAGACUGGAACCUUGGCCAAUGCCAUCCAGCCGUGGGUGCGUGGUGGCGUGGUGGCCCUCGCUCACGACCUGGGAAUCGUCGUGAACACGCAAUCUGUAACUUUUGCCGUUGGACACGUGCGUGAAGAGUCUAUCAACUAUCUGGGAAGGUCAUAUACGGGAUACUACCGGGCUUCGUACCCCAGAACAGACGAUGCAGUCUCGUACUUCUUGGACGAUUAUUUCGAUGCUCUCCGGGAGUCUCGCGCUCUCGAUUCGGAGAUGGCGGAACAGGCGACCGCCGUAGCAGGGCAGAAGUACGCCGACAUUGUGACUUUGUCGGCUCGUCAGGCCUACGCGGGAAUCGAGAUUGUCAUCCCUAAUGACACUCUGGACGCCACGGAUGUAUUAGCCUUCAUCAAAGAACUGUCCAGCGAUGGCAACAUUAAUACGGUGGAUGUCAUCAUGCCGGCUUUUCCCAUCUACUAUAUCUUGGAUCCAGACUAUAUCCGACUUCUAUUGGAACCCAUGAUGCGGUAUCUUGCGGCCGGGCGUUGGCGCAAGCCCUAUGUGAUUCAUGACAUGGGCUCGCAUUACCCGAAUGCUACCGGCCACGACGACCAACAAGCAGAGCCGAUGCCAAUUGAGGAAUGCGGCAACCUGCUGGUUCUCGUGCUCGCCUGCGUCCGUGCCACAGGAGAUGCAGCAUGGGCGUCUCAGUACACUGCACUUCUGAAGAGCUAUGCGGAUUACCUUAUGAAGCAUGGAAUUGAUAUCGCGGAGCAGCUCUCUUCAAACGACGCUGCUGGACCAUUAGCCAACGAAACAAAUCUUGCCAUCAAGGCUGCCGUGGGGAUCAAGGCUUUUGGGGAGCUGAGCGGCCUUCCCGAAUACUGCCGGAUUGGCGAUGAAAGAGCCAACCUACUAUUCUCCCAGGGAUUGGGGUUGGACGCGCAUAGGACACAUUUUGUGCUGCAGUAUCCGGGAAAGCCGACCUCCUGGAAGAUUCCAUACAACCUCUACCCCGACGUGCUAUUGGACCUGGGGACCUUCCCUCAGGCUGCAUAUGACAUGGGAUAUGCUUUCUUCAGGUCUGUCCGAGCCGAAUACGGCGUUCCGUUGGAUCAUCGACAGGACUGGGCCAAGUCGGACUGGAAUAUGUGGUUAGCUGGGGCGCUUGAUUCCAGCACCCGCGAUGAGUUUGUUGACGACCUGUGGCGAUAUAUGACCAACGGCAAGCAUCACUGGCCCUUUUCCGACCGUUACAUCGCCACAUCGGCGGAAGGAGGCAGCCCCGGAAUUCCUGUUUUGUGUCGAGCGCGGCCGACAGUUGGAGGACAUUUCGCUCUGCUGGCUUUGCAGGGCCCCCGAUCUCUGCAGCAGGGCGUGGUGAGGAGACUUGGAGAGCUGAGAGUGGGCGAAUUACUGUCGCCCACCAGCCCACCACUUCCCCUCCCGACUUCGAAUCCUCCAUCGCCGUCAUUACAUUCUCCCCCCAUGGCUUCUCCCCGUCCUCCUCAUAACUUCGGUCCUCAAGGCUAUCCGCUUCCCAACGGUGCUGUCACUUCUGGUCCUGUCCCCGGCGCCACCCCUCUUCUCCCCAACAAUGGCCGCGUUUUGCAAAAUGGUCCCGUCCGAGUUCUGUGUAUUGCCGAUGUUCGAGGAAACCUCAAGUCUCUGAAUGAAUUGGCCAGACAGGCCCGUGCGGACCACAUCAUUCACACUGGUGACUUCGGUUUCUACGAUGAUACCUCGCUGGAGCGCAUUGCCGACAAGACCUUGAAGCACGUGGCUCAAUACUCACCUUUGCUACCGGAGAAUGUCAAGCGGACGAUCGCGCAGACUCCUCCCCAGCAGUCGAUCAAGCAACGAUUCACCCCCGACCAGCUCCCCCUCUCAGAACUCUCCAUGCUGCUUGACAAGCGGCUGACUCUCGAUGUCCCCGUGUACACUGUCUGGGGUGCUUGUGAAGAUGUUCGGGUGUUGGAGAAGUUCCGCUCAGGGGAGUACAAGGUCAACAACCUUCACAUCAUCGAUGAGGCCAACUCGCGACUGCUAGACAUUGGUGGUGUCAAGCUGCGUCUGUUGGGUCUAGGUGGUGCCGUCGUGAUGCACAAGCUAUUCGACAAUGGGGAGGGCAAGACUACGAUUGCGGGUGGUCAGGGUACCAUGUGGACGACAUUGUUACAAAUGGGUGAGUUGAUCGACACGGCCAACCGGGUCUACGAUCCGUCCGAGACCCGCGUCUUCGUCACGCAUGCCUCGCCCGCCCGUGAGGGAAUGCUGAACCAGCUGUCCGUCACGCUCAAGGCCGAUUUCUCCAUCUCCGCCGGUCUGCACUUCCGCUAUGGUUCAUCCUACAAUGAGUUCUCCGUGAACCCCUCGUUGGACCACUACCGUGGCAAGCUGGCUGCUUCCAAGGCCUCCUUCAACGACGUGUGGGAGACCGUCCGCGGUGAAGUCGAGACCGCCAUCUCGCAGAAUGAGGCUCAGAAGACACUCUUGGACAACGCUCUGGAAGUGGUGAACCGGAUGCCUACUGUUGCCAACGGCGGCAAUCCCUUCGGUGGGCCUGCUGCUCCCGGCAACGCGGCCGGCCAGGUGGAUGAGAGUGCGUUCAAGAACAUGUGGAACUUCAACUUGGCAGAUGCCGCCUUUGGUUUCCUGGUGCUGGAGAUUGAGGCUGGCCGCAUUGCGACUGAGAUGCGCGCGCAGGGUUUCAACUUCGCUCACCGUACCGGAAAGCCCCAGCCUGUGGCCCCCGCCCAACCCGCUCCCGUCCCGGCCGCUGGUCCUCCUGCCGGUGUCGCUUCGCCCCGCAUCUCCGGCGCUGCUCCUCAGUUCGGUCAGGUGCAGCCCGUUUCUGGACGUCCUGGCGCCCCUGCCCAGCAACCGCCUCAACCCGCCCAGGCCAAGGGUGCUGCCGCUCCCGUCCGCACCUCUCCGGCUCCCGUGAUCCCCAAGCCCGCUACUCCUCAGCCUCCUAGCGCGUCCGCCGGUCAGCCUUCCGUGGCGUCUCCCGAGAGGGCCGCUACUACUGAGGCCAACGGCACCGCUCAGCCCGACAAGCCCUCCGAAUCACCCCUGCCUAAGCCUGAGAAGAAGGCGAGCAACGGUCUCUUUGUCUCCAACGUCGAUAACGAACAAGCCGUUCGCGAUCUCUUCCCCGAGGAAGACCAGGCUAAGAUGAUACGGGUGGAGAAGUGGGGAAAGUUCAACCACGUCGUAACCUUUGCGACUGUGGAAGAGGCCAAGGCCGCGCUGGACCGCCAGCCCGCCGAACACAAGAAGCCCAGCCCUCCUGGUCAGCCCCGCAAGCCCAACAUCAAGUUCUUUGAGGAUCGCGGCAGCCACCGUGGCAACGCCGGCACAUGGCAAAGCAGCAACCGGGGUGGUGCCAGCUCCUCUCAGCGUGGAUACCAGAGCGGUGGUGCGAGCGACAGUGAGACCAACCGAGGCCGUGGAUUCGGGGGACGGGGCCGUGGGCGUGGCGAUCGAGGCGGUCGCGGCGGCCGUGGUGGUCGUGGUGGCUUCAACAAGGGUGGGCCAUCGGAGUCCUCGGCUGGGGAUAGCAAGCCCGCCGCCGCAGCUGGGGGGGACGCUUGA